AUGUCGUUCAGUUUUUCUCACUGCGUGUCGAUGCGCAUCACGCUUUCGGUAAUAGCAGGUCUUUUUUUGGUAAUAACGUACUACGGUCUGAAAUAUUACCAAACUCGGUGCAUUGAGCUUCACAAUUUGAAAUUAUCGAGCAUGGAGUACGACACGUGCGUAAAGGUGAAUAUAUUCCUUGAAUCGUUCUAUGCAAUCUUCCUUUUUAUAACAAAUUGCAAGUAUCUUCUGAACCAGGUUGUCAUUUUCUACCACAACAGGUACAAGUCGAUGUUGGUAAUGUUUUCUUACUUUUUGCUGCUUGCGCUCAACUUGAAAUACAGCGUUGUGGACAGGGAUCUCACACGCCGCUCAUUUUUGCGGGAUGUGAUCCUCUAUCCAUUAUUUGAAGAGUUCUUCUUCAGACAUGUGUUUUUUCAAAAUUUGACGUACGGGAUGGUAGGUAUUGAGCGAGUAUGGAUCGAUAAAGAACGUCAUGGCGGUUCUCGUACCGAUAUUCGGAAUACACCACAUGUUCACGAUGAAAACGAGGAGAUUGCACAUGAACAUACGAAUAGAGCAGCUGCCAAGAAUGGUAUAAUACACAGAAAAGAAACUAUAAAGGAUCUCAACAUCUACACAGUGUUCGAAACAGCAGAAAUAACCUUUUUAAUGGUUCUGUUCUAUCUGAUCAUAAUAAGCUCGGUACUUUUCGCCACUGCUCAUUAUUUCUACGAGGUAAUAAUCAUAAAUGAUUAUAUUUACCGCCUGAUUAGCGGAAUAUUAUACACAAUCUUUGUUGAUGUAACUCACAACCUGGUUGUAAGCUUAGUUUGCCACAGCGUGCACAAUCUGGCCGUAUUGCUGUGCUGGAAUAAGGCAGGUGUUAGUAGCUAG